AUGAACACCAGCGAUGACUGUUCGCUAGUGACCCAUUCUCUUCAGCGGCUCCCCAGUCCCACCAGGUCUCCGCUCAGGUCGUCGCCAAUGCGCAAUUUAUCGCCUACGAGGCCGAAAACAAACCCAGGCACGCCCCGAAACAGCACUAGCCCUUUUCGAAGCAGCGAAAGUCCACAAAGACAGUACACGGACUUGAUGGCGAAACUCACGUCCAUCUCAGCAGACUACGCGCAUCUCGAGGCGGAAUUGGCGAAAAAGAGCCAGCUACUCAAGGACCUCUCGCAGAAAUUGUCCGCCUCAGACCAAAUGGUGCGUGUUUUACAAAACGAAAGCGCCAAAACCCACGAACUUCAUCAAAGAGAAAUAGCAUCCUACAAAGAACAGAUGGACGACAUGCGGCGCCGCAACAACCUCUUGGCUCGCAAACUAGAGCAAGAACUGCAUCGUUCUCAAUCAGCAUAUGAAGAAUUAGAAGACAAAUACACCAAGCUCAUCAAGAGCUACAAAGCACUACAGAGCAACAUGGAACUCGAACUGAAUUCCAGAGCGCUACUAAUCGACCAGAUUGAAUAUCUUACCAAGGAGCGGGACUUUUUGUUGGAAAACUCGACAUCGGCGAAUGUCUCUGCUAGCGAUGAGAGUGUCGUCCAAUACGGCUACAUGAGCCAAAACCCGGACACUUCGGGCUCGGACUCGGAUGGAAGUGUUCAUGGCACCCAUCUUUUAAGCGCAUUUGUGGACGAAUAUGGAAACAGCCCGGUCGAAGCAUCUUCUCCAUUGAAAGACGUCUAUGAUUCUGAAAACUCAAUGGAAGUCGCUGAAGGUUUCCAUUUUCCUCCUACUGAGCAAUUGAAACCAUCCUCGCAUUCGAAACCCAUAACGUCGCCCCCUCUGCCAGACCCAGACGUGAAAAGCUCCAAAAGACAGUCUCUUCCUGCUCAUUUCAAUUCCAAUUCUCCCAAACACGAGGAAGAGUUUGUUUUAUCGCCUUUGAAACUCACAAGUAAUGUCAACUUGUCAUAUUUUGAGAAAGAUGACUCGUUACCUACUCCACAACCAUCGUCUACGACCAAAAAACGCUAUUCUUCUUCGAAACCACAUCAUAACAGAUACAACUCACACGACUUCGUUCCCAUCAUGGUGGAGUUUGAACAACCUGAUGCUCAGUUGAGAAGUGCCUCUUCUCCUGAGAAGGAUGUUUUGAGUAAACUUACAUCUGUCCAAGAACAUGAACAUGCGGACGAUCGGGACCAGGCAUUCAUGAGGUUAAAUGGCUUUGAUGACAAUUAUUCCAAACGAGAUUCUCUUAUUACCAGCUCAUCCAAAAGAUCCAGUUUGAUCACUGACUUUAAUACCCUGGGAAAUGACAUUACUAAGCAAGAAAUCAUGACUCUUAAGUUUGAGCUUCAGUCCUUAAAAUUGCACAAUGAAAAGCUCUUAUCAUACAUCGGAUUCGAGCUCCAGAAACAGAAAAAGAACAUUAAGAAACUUUCAAGCAAACAGAACCUUCAAGGAUCCAAUAUCGAGUACUCGGACGCAAAAUUAAUUGAGAAACUGCGUAAUAUGUUGAUCCACAAGAAGAGGAUUCUCCGUUCUGUUUCCAUCAAUCCCAUAUUGUCCACCAAAUAUAACCUGGGUGGAGCCGGUACAAUUUUUCUGCUGGGUACCGGGCUCGGCAUUUUCAACGCCAAUACACCAGGUGCUGAUGAUGAUGACGAAUUUGAUUUCAAGAGCGAAUUUAUCAACUCGCUCAAAGCGGACGACUGUGAUGACUACGGCUUUUUGACACACGAAAGCAAAUACAACCUGCGGGUGUUAUCCAGAAAGAACCGGGACUACCUCAAUGAAGGAGAGGGUACCCGUGUCCCCAAGAAGUACAAAUCGCAAACAUUCCGACCCUCGAUGGACGGUGAGUUUGAGAUGGAUUUUGCAGAUAUCGAUGAGAUUCUGAUAGACGACAUUGAAGAAGAGGCUGAAGGCUACGUACAAGAGGACGAGCAGGAAUUAUGGGAAACGGCAAGCAGCCAGAGCAGCUCGUCGUCGGAAAUUGAUUACAAAAAACUCAACACAUUCAACCAAAUGCGGUACCUCAUUCUUGGGAAAGAGCACUUCCGGAAAACAACAAGAAGGGACGAGUCGUUGGUGGACGAAAACCUAAAGUACAAGUUUCUUACGAUUGUUGUCGGGAUUGUCAUUAUAGGUUUCCGGCUCACGGCGCAGCCGCCGCAUCAUUUAACGCAUAACUAA